CUAAACAUGUGGGCAUGGAAAAAGCCAUUUGGGGCAUUAUAGUGCACAUGUCAUAUUCGCCCAAGGAUUUGAGCCAGUUCAUGUAUAUUGGUACUUAUGCUAUCAAAGUGGAACACUGCAAGAACUAAUGAAAUCCCAUUUGUCCUGUGUGAGGUUUUCCCGAGAAGGGAGAUUGAGAUCAAGAAGAGAGAUGAAGGUGGAGACAAGACCAAAUCGUUGAAUUUAAUGGACCCAGAAAGACGCCAUGAGGGUUUUCAACAAUUACUCAAGAAUGAACUUGAAAGGAUGAAUGAUUUUUUUGUGAGGACUGAAGAAGAAUACAUAAUCAGAUUCCAGGUGUUGAAAGACAUGAUAGCUGAUGAAUAUAGCAGUGAAUAUACAGCACAAAUGGCAAGUGAUCUCCUGCAAUUCCAUAACAAACUGGUUUUGCUACUUCACUAUAAUGUCCUAAAUUGUGAUGGAUUCUUGAAGAUCAUCAAGAAACACAGGAAGAAAACUGGGAGAGAGUUUAAUUUGUCAUUUAUGCAGGGAGAUAAUCAACAACUGUUUUUCAUUGCAAAUUCACUCGGUUUACUUUUGGCAGAGUGUAAAGAGGUUCUAGAACAACUGUUGAGGCCAGAAAUGAUGAAAGCUGUGUGUUUGGUAGUGCUAUUUGCCAUUUCCAUAACAUCACAAGCAAGAUCAAUCAUCCAAAAACCUCAACCUAACCCUAACUUCAAGAUCAACUCAACUAAUCAUCAGAAUGCACGCACCUGUUCAUUCACCGUGGAGAUCACGACGAGCUGUUCUUCCGUCCGAUACACUCGAGAUCAAAUCAGUAUCUCCUUCGGCGAUGCUUACGGCAAUCAGGUUUACGCACCGAGGAUAGAUGAUCCGUCGACGAUGACAUUCGAGCGGUGCUCCGGCGAUACGUUUGAGAUAUACGGUCCAUGUACGUAUCAGAUAUGUUAUUUGUAUUUAUACAGAAGCGGAUACGAUGGGUGGAAGCCUGAGAGAGUAGACGUAUACGGGUAUAAUACGAGGGCGGUUUCCUUCUACUAUAAUGUUUGGAUCCCAGCAAACAUAUGGUACGGGUUCAACUACUGCUCUCCCUACCUUUCUGCAAGCAAUUACGAUUAAUGAUAAUGUUCUCGUUUAUAGAACGAUUUUUUUUCUAUACACAAUUAUUGCUGUUUUAAAAUAUUAUACUGUACAACUUAAUAAUACAUAAAUUAUUGUGUAUGAUAAAAAAACUAUUAUAUACAAAUCUUAAAUCCAUA